GCGAACUGAGAAGUGAGAACAAUGGCUUCCACUCCUGGUAUUCUCACAGACUGGCCAUGGACGCCUCUUGGAAGCUUCAAGUACGUGGUUCUGGCUCCUUGGGUGGUUCACAGCAUAUACUCGUUCGUGGUUAACGAGGGACCUGAUAGAGAUCUAUCCUACUUGCUCAUAUUUCCAUCCAUGGUGUGGAGGAUGUUCCACAACCAGUUAUGGAUCUCUCUUUCCCGAUAUCGAACCGCCAAAGGCAAAGGCCGAAUCGUCGACAAGGGCCUCGAGUUCGAACAAGUCGACAGAGAAAGAAAUUGGGAUGACCAAAUAAUAUUCAACGCAAUAUUGUUCUACCUAGGCGGCAGGCACUUGUCUGGGGCUCAACACUUACCGAUGUGGAGGACAGACGGGUUCAUUAUGACGUUUCUGAUUCACGCCGGCCCGGUAGAGUUUCUCUACUACUGGCUUCACAGAGCUCUUCACCACCAUUUCCUCUACUCUCGCUACCACUCCCACCACCAUUCCUCCAUUGUCACCGAGCCAAUUACUUCUGUGAUUCAUCCUUUUGCGGAACACAUAGCAUAUUUCCUGCUCUUCGCAAUACCACUGCUGACAAUGAUAUUCACGGGGACUGCUUCAAUCGGAUCAUAUUUUAUUUAUAUUUCAUAUAUCGACCUAAUGAACAACAUGGGGCAUUGCAAUUUCGAGCUCAUUCCCAACUGGAUAUUUUCUAUUGUUCCUCCUCUUAAGUACUUCAUGUACACCCCCUCAUAUCACUCUCUUCACCACACACAAUUCCGAACCAAUUACUCCCUCUUCAUGCCCAUCUACGACUACAUAUACGGCACCAUGGACAAGUCUACCGAUUCUCUGUAUGACUCGUCGCUCAAAAGAGAUGACGAAUUACCGGAUGUGCUGCAUCUAACGCACUUAACAACCCCUGAAUCGAUCUAUCAACUUCCGAUCGGCUUCGCUUCCUUGGCCUCCAAGCCAUACACCUCAACGUGGUACAUAUGGUUUAUGUGGCCUGUCACACUUUGGUCUAUGCUGCUCACUUGGAUUCACGGCCGAACUUUCGUUGUUGAGAGGCAGCUUUUUGAGAAUCUUAAAUUGCAAACUUGGGCUAUACCUAAAUACAGUUUGCAGUACUUCUUGGAAUGGCAAAACGAAGCUAUCAACGGUUUGAUUGAGGAAGCUAUACUUGAAGCUGAGGAAAAGGGUGUCAAAGUUCUAACUUUGGGUCUCCUGAAUCAGAGUGAGGAGCUGAAUCGAUACGGUGGCCUAUAUGUUCACAGGAAUCCACAACUGAAAAUCAAGGUGGUGGAUGGAAGUAGCUUAGCUGUGGCUGUCAUUCUCAACAGCAUUCCGAAAGGGACAACAGAAGUUCUUCUUAGAGGCAACCUCACCAAGGUGGCCUAUGCCCUUGCCUUUUCUUUGUGUCAGAAGGGAAUCCAGGUAGCUACACUACACCAGUCUGAUUAUUUGAAGCUCACCAAAUCAUUCAGUGCAACGGAGAGCAAGUUAGUUCUUGCAAAGAGCUACGCUGCAAAGAUCUGGUUGGUGGGAGAUGGAUUGAGUAAAGAAGAACAGCUGAAUGCACCAAAAGGAACUAUAUUUGUUCCCUUCUCCCAACUUCCACCCAGAAAAUUACGCAAAGACUGCUAUUACCACUGUACUCCAGCCAUGAAGAUUCCUACAUCAUUUGAGAACAUUUACUCUUGCGAGAACUGGUUGCCAAGAAAGGUGAUGAGUGUGUGGCGCAUUGCCGGAAUUGUGCAUGCUAUGGAAGAAUGGAAUGAGCACGAGUGCGGUUACACCAUGUCGGACAUUAACAAAGUUUGGCAAGCUACUCUUCGACAUGGCUUCCAACCUCUGAUCACAGCGGCCACUACUCAGACCAAAAAUGAUUAGUAAAUAACUGUUUCAUGAUUUGAAUGACAUAUAUGCA